AUGGAAAAUAAGAAAAAAAUCCUAUGUUUACAUGGAAAUGGCGCCAACAAAGAGUUUCACUCUUAUUAAUUAAGAUAAUUUGAGAAAGAAUUUAAUAAUUACGAGUUUGUCACUUUAGAUGGUCCAAUAUCAAUAACAAGAAAUGUUCAUGUUUCAUAAGUUGUAGUCCCCUAAAAUUUUGCUAAAAUGAUUGAAAAUAAACCACUAUUUACAUGGGGAAACUUUUUAAAGUUGGAUAGUUAAAAUAUUGAUGGAGUUUUUUAGGAAUCAUUAGAUUACGUAAUUAAAAUACUCAAAGAAUAAGGUCCCUUUUAUGGGGUUCUAGGAUUUUCUUAAGGAACUGCAGUAGCAGCUAGAUUGGCUACAUUAUUGGAGCAUAAAUAAAUUGAUUUAGGCUAUGAAUUAAAUUGUUUUAUUUUUUGUUCUGGGUCGAUGGUGAACCUGCCAGAUAACAGAUUGAUUUUCUGCAAAAUUCCUUCUAUUCAUUUUAUUGGAAUUAAUGAUUUCCUAUAUGAUAGGUAAAGAGUGCAUAAUAUAUUAAGAUCGUUAGGAUUAUCAACUCAGUUUUUAAACCCUUUAGUGAUUUUUCAUGAUCAAGGGCACAAAGUUCCGUUUUUAAGUAGGCAACAAAUCCAAUUAUUAAAACAAUUUUUUAACAAAGAAAAAAAAGAUUGGCAAUUAUAAGUAUUUGUUCCAAAAUUAUGA